AUAAUUUUCGUGGAUUUUGUGAAUCCUUAAACAAACCUUUAUUUUACCAAAUAUUUAUUUCAAAGUGAAAAUUUUACACAACCAGUCAAGAGUUAGUUUUGAGUGCGUGAGUUUAAGUGAAAUAUUGUGAAAUUUUUGGAAACAUACUUUCAAUUGUGCUUACGAUUUAUUAAAAGUUUUGGAAAAAAAAGAAUGCAUACAUCUAUGUAAAAUUAAAAUAAUUUGAGAGCGUGUCUUUCGAAAACUUGGAAACGAAAAACUCGGAAAAUAACAGAAAAAAUGCAUAGUUACGGAAGAAGUUGGUCAUCAGAGGAAUAUAUUGGAAAUGGUACCGAUGUUUUAUCGGCUGAAGAAGAAUCACCUCCUAUUAUUCAUGAUAAUAGUAUGGAAGUGAUUCAAUCACACUGUACGCAUAAUAAUUAUAAAAUGGAUUUAUAUACUAAUGGUGCGAUGGUAAUCUGUUCGCCAAAUGAUGAAGAAAAAUAUUGGACAGAUAGUGGAAUGCAUUCACCAGAUUGUUGUAAUACAGAUAUUUCAUCAGAUGAUUUAUCGUUAAAUAAAUCUACACAACGAUUAUGUAAUAAUAACAAUAAUAAUAAUUCAACAAAUCCAUUUUGUAUAUCACCAACAUCUACAAAUAAUUAUCAUCCACAAAUCUAUUCAAAUAAUAUUACAUCCACAAAUUAUGGAACAGCACAUUUGGAUGAUAAUUGUAAUAAUACACAUUACACGAAUCAUUUGAAGAAUCAUCAUGAAAACAAUUGUAAUCCACUUCUCAACACUUUUAACAAUCCCAAUGUAAUUCUCUCCACUGGACAACCAUCAGCAAACACGCUUUCCACAACCGAACAACAAAAUGGACCGAAAUCGCUACAAUGCCCUCCAACAAAUGGCAACGCCGAACCAUUUGUACGGGUUGUAAAAAAACGAAAUACAGCAAAUAAAAAAGAACGACGUCGUACACAAAGUAUAAAUAACGCAUACGCAGAUUUACGUGAUUGUAUACCGAGUGUUCCAGCUGAUACGAAACUUUCAAAGAUCAACAAUGCAUAUGCUGAUCUACGUGAUUGUAUACCUAGUGUCCCAGCUGAUACCAAACUUUCUAAGAUAAAAACAUUACGUUUGGCAACAUCAUACAUUUCAUAUUUAAAAGCGGUGUUGGAUGGUGAUAAACCAAGUAAUGGAUUUUGUGCUGAAAUUGAGAAUUUAGGUGGUGGACAUCGGCAUAAUUCACGGAAUAAUAAUACUACAUUAUCGUCUGGAUGUUAUAAAGAAAUUACUGGUGAUAUUACAAUCUGUACACCGGAAUCGGUACGAGAAAUCAAUCGAAAAUCUAAGUCGAAUAAUCAAGAGUUUCAGAAAGACGAAGUCAACAAAACUAGUAAAGGACGAACCGGAUGGCCAGAGCAUGUAUGGGCUUUAGAAUUUAAACAAGAGCAAAAUUUAUGAAUAUACACUAUUUGUAUUGAAAA